AUGCCUGAAGACAAUGCAAUGAUUGAAGACUUUCGAGCUACUAAUGUUUUUGGACAGGCUCUACGUGACUUGCAGCUGUGCUACGUUUCGCUACAACAGCAGAUGCAAAAGGUCAAAGCACAUAACACUCAAUUGAAAAUAAAGUGUUCAAAACGUGGUGCUCACGCGAACCGUGGUACACAGUCGAAAGUGGUAGCGAAGUAUGAUACCAAUAUACGCGCUCUAGAAAGACGUUUUGGUGUGACCGUGUGGCUCUGGGUUCCUCCUGCAGCCUGGAGCUAUGCAGAACGUCCGGUCAUUGAUCCUGAAGAUACUGACUGGUUCACCAAUCAGACAACAAGGGCGAUGGCACUAUCUGCAGAAAUGUUCGACUUUCUGCCAGCGCAUCUGCAUAAAUUGAUGCGCCUUAGUGAUUUUCAGUUAGCCUUCAAUUUUGGUGUGGGACAAGGCAAGGCAACUGCAAUUGACAAUGUACGAUUGUCGGCAGGAGAGAUCUUUGGAUUGCCGCAGGAAUGGUUCAGCUCUACAUAUGAUCACGCUUCAAACCUGGACUUACAGCAGCUUCUGAAAGGAAAUGGUGACAAAUACCUUCUUCUCACACCAGUACUGUUCCCUGCAGAAGUGCGAGAGCAGUGCCCAAAAAAUGCCUUGCAUUCUGGUGGAUGCUCAGGGCCAAAGACAUCCAGAGAAAAUCAGCAGAUUACUGGUAUCACACCUCACAUGGUCACUUGGGCAGCCAAUCUGGCAGGCUUGUUUCUUCUGUUCACCGGACACACAAUACAACCUGAAAGGGGCAAGAAGCGGAAUUGA